AUGAGAAGAGAGGUGUGUCAGAAAAAAAUUGAGCUUUUGGAAAAGAGAUCACGAGCUACAGCUGUAGAAAUACGAAACACGCCAAGAAUUUAUCAGCAGAAUAAUAGACCAGAGUCCAAAACUGAUUUAUGCGAUAUUGUCAAGAUCUUGGCGAAGGCAGUGAACUGCAGUCUUCAAGAAUCAGAUAUAAGGGAUGUUUAUCGCAUACUCUCCAAACAUGAAACGUCUCGUCCUAUUAUUUUGGACUUAAACAGCGUCAUAAAAAAAGAAGCCCUAUUAAAUGCUAUAAAAGAAUUUAAUCGUAAUAAGGGAAAAGGAGAAAAGCUUAAUACAAGUCACCUAAAUUUACCGGGUACUAGUAAGCCAAUAUAUGUUUCUGAGGCAUUAACACACAAAACGCAGAAAUUAUUUUUUGUUGCCCGCGAAUUUGCCAAGGAAUAUAAUUUCACGUACUGUUGGACCUCGAGGGGCGUUAUCUAUCUGCGUAAGGACGAGAAACAACCUUAUGUACGGGUGGACCAUGAGAAGGAACUUCAGAGUCUCAAAAACUCAAUAUCUAAGUAA